AUGUCUCAAUCCGCAGGCUUUCCUACCCUCCGCCCCGCCUAUAUUCUCAAGUUUGAGGUCGGUCAGGGCCAGCCAGUCGGGCCCACCUCCUCCGGCUCUACCUUUAUUCACUACGUGAGCCACCUCUAUGUAUCUCAGCAUGCGCACUUCAAGCUUCUGAUAAAUUCAACUGUAAUGCAGUCUUCCCCGGGCGGUACGAUCACUACAGUCGAAGGAUUUUCUCCCCGCAUCAACGCACAGGUAGUUGUGGCCGGAGACUGGCUGUACUUCGAUCCCGAUCAGCAGCACACGCGGAUGAAUGUCCACGGAAUAGCGAGAACCGCCGAAGAUGAAGGAAUCAGGUUCAAAUAUUCGGGCGUCUCUACUGUCUCCGAGGACUUGGCGGCCAUAUUCCAGGGCCAACCGCAGACGGUUGCCUUUGGGCAGUCAACAAUGAACAUGACUUUCGAGGUGGGCUCGCCUCGAAUCAAGGCACUUGAGAAUAGCAACUGGGUGGGCAAUGGCCGGUUUAAAUUAGAGAGAGAUAAGCUCUGGGUCGAAGUGCGCAUUGCCCAGGUGGUGGCCAGCCAGGAUAUGGAUUGA